CUCGUCAAGCUCGACUUCGAUAUCCGCGCCCUGCGCGGACUACGCCGACGUCAAGAACAAGCCAAUAACAGCGAGGCCGAAGCGCGCCUCGCGACACAUCUCCUGGUCCAUGACAGCAAGUAUCGCACCCUGUAUCGACAGCUUCUCAAGACAUACCUUGCUGACCUUCCGCAACAACGGAAAAAUACGGACCAACACUGGACAACCACGCUGAGCUCUGCGCUAGAGGCUGCG